AUGUCACUGCGAAUCUCUGCGCUGCCAGCAUUCUGCUGUGCUUGUGGUGUGGAGGGUGCGCAGGGUGGCAGGGGGCCCGGGCAGGAGUGUGUAUGCGGUUACGUGGUAACCAGCAGCAUCGAGUUCAACCCUCCCAGCCUAUCCUCCCCAUCACCCUCCUCCCACCGCUCCCCCACCACAUCCCCAACUCUCCAACCCUCCCCCAGCUCCCCCACCCAAUCCUCUCCCACCUCCCCGGCCGCGUCCCGAGCCUCCAUCCGAGCCUUCAGUGCGACGGUGCUGGCGCUGGUGCGGCGGCGGAGUGUGAAGGUGGGGGUGGGCAUGGAUCCGCUGUGGGGGGUGCACGAGCACGAGUGGCAGGUGCACGACCUCACUGCUUUUGCCUUUGAGGCGCCCUUCCACUUCCACAGCGACCGCCACACCCUCGUGGUGGAGCCACAGAACCACAAGGAGCCCGAGUAG